AUGCCAGCAAAAAGUAGGGCUUCCGGAGGGGCGUCUGGACACCAUGAAAGCGGUGCCUACUACGCGGGGCUCUACUUGUGCGCCAUUGAAUACAUAGAUUCCCUAACGCGCUCCAUGGAAAUGCGGAGGCAAGCAUUUUUAACCCCAAACAUCAUCAAUGAGCACCCCUUCCCCCAGGACGCGGAUGUGGCCGGGAAAACCCGUGAAGAAAUGAAAAUCUGGUAUUCGCGGCUCGUGGCUGAGCCUGGGCUCAAGCGCGACGUAGCUCAUGGGUCUUAUAGCUCCACUAUGAACAGUCUUUUUCUAAAACUACAGGCAAUCCUAAUGAGCCUUAUUCGCAACGAUGAAUACCGCUAUUUCUUUAUGCUGCGGGUAGAUGAGAAGGAGCAUCAAGCGCCUGGCUACUAUUAUCGGACGCCUGCCCCCAUGCACUUUCUAGCGAUUCUUGCACGAAUAUAUGAGACGCGAAGCCAACUGGAAAGCAAUACACUAUUUCUCCAGUAUGAUUGGCGGGAUAUACCUCAGGAGAGCGAAGGUGAUAACAGCCUUGAGGCUAGCGAUAACGGCUUAGACGGGGAAAAGAUAGCAGACAGGCAAGGCCCUUCAGGAGAGACUCCAGAGAGUAAUAGAGAAGGAGCGGAGACCAAGCCGCCCAAUGUAACGACAACAGUGGCGGUAACAGAUCUUUUCUUAACAUAUAAAAGAGCAGACUACGGAGACGUCUUAAUGAAAGUUGAACUGAUUCGGAAAUUGAGUCUCGAGGAGAUACAGAACGUUGAUAAAAAGAGUAUUAUCGACUGGUGUUAUCGGAUAGGAGCGAUGGCGGCAAAUAAAUGUGAUGAGGAGCGAAGGCCCAAGCCAUACAGAUCUGCCCAGGAGCUUCUGCGCGACCUCUUACUCAUUGCUUUCAAUGCACGGCGCUAUAAUUCAUUAGACCACUUUCUACAUAAAAUGGGUGGUUCGAUGCUUGCAGAUAUCCGCUCGGCCUGGAAGCGAGAAUUUAGUGACAUGCCUGAUUGUUUCAGUCAUUUCGUCAGCGAGGAGGCCGAGGAGCUCUUGUACCACAUGCUUGCAAAUGCGUAUAUGAGUGACAUGCUUCCGUACGCACCAAUCGAGCCGUCUAAGAGCCGUCGUUCCUCUGGAACAGUCCCUCAGGUUAGCGUUAUUCAUCGCCGUCCGCCGCCCCCUGCAGAAGCACCGGGAGAGCAGCGCCCUCCGCGCACACGGGGCUCAGUUAGCAGCACCCCGGUUCCUAAGCCCUCAGCUGAGUGCCCUCCAAAAUCCAGCGGGGGUGACGGGGCCUCCGAUAGUCAAAGUUUUCUUGGCAUUGACGUAGACGAAGAACACUCCUCGCAGGCAGUUUCUCAGCCUUUAGAUAACGAUGCUGGCGAGCGGGACGCCCUUUUAGAUGAAAUCAGAACAAUGAUAACAUAUAUUAUGAAUAAUAAGAAGAGUGAGCAUGAGGAUAUUGUUUAUUCGGAGAUGGUCAACGCUAGAGACGUGUGUGGCUUUAAUAAGACCGACGACCUUCACGCAGUCCCCGUAGAGCGAUUGCGGUUAUUCAGCAAUAAACUAAUGCAGGUGAUAGACAAGUAUCCAGACUACUUUAUUAGGCAGUACGGUGCGCCGGAUUCAGUCUAG